AUGUCGCCUUUGGGCGGUCAAAGCUUGCUGAGGCUACUUUAUAUCGACGGAAAGGUUUCCAAGGCCAAUGGUACGGUAUAUUACGACAAUAGGGCCUAUCAGCGACCUCUUUACUUUGAUAUGGACAAGUGGACCUAUGGACCGUCAGACGUUAUCCCGGCUCUGUAUUCUACCAGCCUUCUAUCACCUAGGAAACAACAGCAAGCGCCUAUGGAUACAUGGGGAAGACCGAAGAUCCCACAGUGGCCAUGGAACCCGGCGCAAGAUAUUAAAAAAGCGGAAGAGACCAGUCGCGAGGUCAAUGGUAGUGCCUUGGAAGCCGGCAGGGACUAUUACACGUCACUAAUAGGGAUCAACAUGCAAGGCUUGAGCUUCAGCGACAACUCAACACAAUACGAGUUCGACUUCGAGUCCGGAUACAUCGAUUUCAACUGUUUUAUGAUCACAAAUCAAGCAUCACUAGAUGAUCUUAAGAAGAUGACAUAUCCCAUAGAUGGAAACUGGACAGGCGGUAACCUUUGGAAAGAUUGGUCGGUGUACUGGGAAACCCAGAAAAAGGAACCAAGUUUCAAUGCUGUUACCGUCAGCCCAGCCAGCCUCUUCGACAAUCCGUAUCUUCUAUAUGCAACUCAACAAGUCUCAGAAGAGCGAAAUAAACACGCCGUCUUCAAUUGCACUACUGCCACAAUCAACCUCCGAACCAGCUUGAUUUGUACACCUCAGGGAUGCAGGCCACAGCGACAGCGUCGAAUACGAGCACUGCAGAUGAGCGAGGGCGAUCUUGACCGCCGACUGACUGCUUUCCAAAAUGCCGUUCGGGAGUGGCCACAAAUGACAGCCGUGGUAACAGGCAGUGCAUCGGCAACAGACAACUACAUUGCUAAUGACGAGAACGCCUACGGCCCUCAGUAUGCCCAAAAUUGGACGGGAGUUGACGAUGAAAUGUUUUCCAGACGGCUCACUGCAGCUUUCAAUACUGUUUGGGAGGCAGGAUCAGACGAAUACAAUCUUACGAAGUCGUCCUCAGCCUUACCUGAAAACCCCGCCGAUUUCUGGACCAAUCAAACAGAGGCAACAAUCACUACGACUGAACCAGCAUACUACGUGAAUAAACUGUGGGCAGUCAUCCUAAUUCUUACGACAAUCUUUCUGCAAGUUCUCGCCAUUUGUGGUCUUGUCCUGAAAUGUUUGAUCCGCGGUCCAGACAUCCUCGGCUUCGCCAGCUCUCUCACUCGAGACAACGCAUUUGUGCCAGUAUCGGGCGGUUCAUUCCAAGGCGGUGCAGACCGGGCAAGAUCACUCAGAAACAUGCGGGUUCAACUUGUAGACGUCCAGCCCGGAGAAAGUCACGGCUACAUUGCGUUGAGUGCAGUGCCUCUAGUAGCCUCCGCGGGAGAAGGCAAGGACGGGGACAAGGAAGCAAGCUCGGGUUUGGGACAGCUGGAGAAGCAAAGAAUGUACAUAUAG